GUUUCGGUAUAUAGAAUAUAGAUCGUGCUUCUCGUGGAAAAAAAUUACUUAUCAAAUGGUGAAAGAAUUCAGCUGUGUGUGAUUGUAUAUGUAACGUCAUAGAUAUGCUUACAUCUGGAGCUAAUCGCUAUCCGUGUCGAAUGGAUUGUAUUUAAAUUGCCUGAUGAAUCGUUACCCAGAAAUUUCUAACUUCAGAUACGAAGACGUUCUCGUGGUUGAAUGUAACGCAAGUUUAUUAAUCUUAAAUCGAAAAGCGAGUAGAGCGAGCGUUUGACAUUACAGUGUUGACGUUCGACGGCGUGACAUCAUAAUCGUAUGACUAAGUCGGAUAUAUAUAUAUUAUUUUGUAUUUUCUUAUACGCACAAGUGUCAAGUAUUGGUGAAUGAUAUUCCGAAAGAUUUACUCUAAUUUUUUGCUGAUUUCAAGAUGAUCGCAUCGGAAGUUGGCUCCACAAAUACAGAGCCUGUCCACAUCAGGAUCACGAGUGAGAAAGCUCCUUUGAUCAAUGGCAGGAGUGUACUUCAACGACUGAGUAAUAUCUUUAAGAUCGGAAGGACAACACAUUCCGAGGGAGAUGGCUACGUUGAGUUUGGCACUCUUGGCGUGGAUAACACUCGUACAUUGGGAACUUUUGCUGGUGUAUUCAGCCCAGUUACACUGUCUAUGUUCAGUGCCUUAGUUUUUAUAAGAAUGGGAUACAUUGUGGGUAAUGCAGGGUUAUUUGUGACUUUAGUUCAGUUUAUUAUAGCAUAUGGUAUUUUAUUAUUCACAGUCGCGUCUGUCUGCGCUAUAUCGACCAAUGGUGCUGUAGAAGGUGGUGGCGCUUACUUUAUGAUCAGUCGUACAUUAGGACCCGAAUUUGGUGGCUCUAUUGGCACUCUCUUUUUCAUGGCCAAUGUAGUGUCCAGUGCACUUUGUAUCUCUGGAUGUGCUGAGGGUUUGGUUGAAAAUUUCGGCCCAUCCGGUUAUUUGAGCGGCAAAACUGGACUCAUACCAGAUGGCCGAUGGUGGAGAUUUUUAUAUUGUUCCAUCUUAAAUACUGCCAAUCUUAUAGUUUGUCUUAUCGGAGCUGCAAUGUUCGCAAAAACCAGCGUUGCAAUUUUAGCAGUUGUCUGCAUCUGUUUGGCUAGUGUUGUUAUCAGUUUUUUAACUCAAGGUGCAAUAGAGAUACCAAUACCAGAUGCAAAUACAUUGGUGCAAAAUGUAACAAAUCAUGUAAAUGGAAGUUACACGGGUCUCCUGUCUUCUACGCUUUCCAACAAUCUCUAUUCGAAUUAUAGUGCUGAUUACUCGAGCGGAGGAACUAUGACGGAUUUUGCGAGCGUCUUUGGUGUACUGUUCAGCGGUGUAACUGGAAUAAUGGCAGGAGCAAAUAUGAGCGGAGAGUUGAAAAAUCCCGGUCGAAACAUUCCACGUGGGACAUUAUCCGCGGUAUUAUUCACGUUCAUAUGCUACAUUUUGUUGUCUGUAUUGACCGCUGCUACUACUAGCCGUUUUCUCCUGCAAAACAAUUUUAUGUACAUGAUGCCGAUUAAUAUUUGGCCACCGUUCGUCGCCGUUGGCAUUCUCACAGCUACAUUUAGCGCUGGCUUAAGCAAUUUGAUAGGUUCUAGCCGAGUGUUGGAAGCAUUGGCCAAAGACAACGUAUUUGGUUCGGGAUUAAAUUUUAUCACACAAGGCACAUGGCGCGGCAAUCCAAUAGCAGCCGUAUUAACCUCGUGGAUUUUGGUUCAGACAAUCUUGCUUAUCGGCUCAUUGAAUACUAUUGCUCAAAUUAACUCGGUACUGUUUCUUCUAAGUUAUCUCGCUACUAAUCUUGCGUGUCUUGGAUUGGAACUUGCUAGUGCACCAAACUUUAGGCCAACAUUUAAUUACUUUACAUGGCACACAGCGACUAUAGGUCUUCUUGGAACGUUGAUAAUGAUGUUUAUAAUCAACAGUAUUUAUGCUUCCAGUAGCAUAAUUUUAUGCUUAAUAUUGAUCAUCGUGCUACAUUUAUUCUCGCCGAGUAAAAACGCACCGUGGGGCAGUAUAUCUCAAGCAUUGAUAUUUCAUCAAGUCAGAAAAUACUUGCUAAUGUUGGAUUCGCGCAAGGAUCACGUUAAAUUUUGGCGUCCGCAGAUGUUACUGAUGGUCGCGUCUCCGCGUUCCGCCUGUCCUCUCAUCGACUUUGUGAAUGACUUGAAGAAGGGAGGACUUUAUGUUAUUGGACAUGUGAAGGUUGGCGAAUUUACCGGUCAAAGUAGCGAUCCUACGAUAGAGGAAUAUCCGCACUGGUUAAGUUUAGUUGAUCAUAUGAGAGUUAAGGCCUUUAUCGAAUUGACCGUGACGAAGACGGUGCGCGAAGGCAUGCAACAUUUAAUAAGACUGUCUGGCAUGGGUGCGAUGAAACCGAAUACGAUCGUUCUCGGUUUUUACGAUGAAGAAACGCCGAGGAACUUUUUCUUGGAUUCGCAAUACGCGACGACGAUGUUUGAAAAUAGUACAACGCUUCCGAACAACACUGUGUUCCCUCUGAGACAAGCAACGGGCGAAAAGAAUCUAGAUCCCGUUCAAUAUGUCGGUAUGUGCUCGGAUGUUCUGAGAUUGAAGAAGAAUUUAUGUCUAUGUAGAAACUUUCAUCUGUUAAAUAAAGCACAGUUAACGAAAAAUUCAAAUUUGAAAUAUAUUGAUGUAUGGCCAGUCAACUUUUUUCAACCAACCGAUCAAGACCCAUUCGAUACAACGUCGUUAUUCAUGCUUCAGCUCGCAUGUAUCAUCAACAUGGUACCCAGUUGGAAAAAUCUACAUCUCAGAGUGUUCCAUUGCGAAACUACAGACAGCAGUGAAAGUUUAAGUAUUUCAGAUUCUCCCAAUUCGUUGAACGAAUAUCCGAGAAUCUCGAACGAGCACAGGAUUCGAAAAUCAUUGAAUUUGCUAAGAAUUUCUGCAUCGAUUAAAAAAAUCCCAGAGUGGGGAGAGCAAAUCCAAGGGUUAAAGGGUAGGCCUCUGCUUGAGCCGAAAAAUCAAUAUGAAUCAAGUACAGAGUCCAAUAACGCUUUGAGUAACAUGUCCCGAGCUUAUAUAUUGGGCGUCAAUCAACUAAUAAGGCAAUAUUCUUCUCAAACUGCAACAACAUUCAUUUAUUUGCCUGGCCCACCAGCCUCGAACACUUGGGAUGAGGAUGACAUGUAUCGACAGUAUCUACAAUCGUUGACAGAAUUAACUGUCGAUUUACCACCGACAGUUUUAGUACACGGUGUUAGUGCUGUUACGUCAACCACCUUAUAACAAAAUGUAUGAAUAUAGAUAUGGAAAUGUUUAUGACAUUCUCCAUUGGUAACAAGAGAAGAUACUUGAGAAGAUAUAAACUUAAAUUAGAUUUUAAAUUAUCAUUUCUUAUAAUACUACUUACUAAUUUAAGAAAAAGUUAUAUUAAAUACACAAAAGAUUGGCUAUAACUAUAAUUUAUUAUAUCAUUAAUAAUUGAUAUGAUAAUCAUUUCACAGAAUGUAUAAUGAUAAUAGCUAGAGUAUCGCAAAGCAAUAAGCAUUGAUUUAAGAUUAACAGAAAAUUUGUCACGUCCGAAAGAAAGUUUAAUAUUGUAAGUAUUAAAAUUUAUUACUCUGUGAUAACCCAAAAGUAUCGUGUAAGAAAUUCUUUGGAGACAAAUAUUUUUAAAAAUGACUGCUAGACAAACUAAAGCUGUAAAUAUAUAUUAAUGGAUUAUAAUAUAUCUUACAAUAUAUUCCAUAUAUAAAGUACUAUUAUUAUUGUAUCGCUCUUUUAUAUCGUAUAUUUCAUAUUGUGAAUUAUUCACCAAUAAUUAUGAAUAUCAUAUAUAAA